AUGACAGAAUUUGGAAAUGAUGUCUUAAGCUGGUGGAGACUAGCAUUUAAUAUCAAUAGGCCAACAAUCCAGUGGAAUGGUGUGAAUGACUAUGAUUUUGAUCAAGAUGGGUGUGCUGGGUGGAUUCAGGAAGAAAAACCUUAUUUGUUGCUUCCUGUAUCUUGGAACAUUUCAACAGCUUUUCCAACUUCAUCUGUCGCCUCAGUUUCUCAACAGAAAGAAUAUCUGCGUUAUUUCCUUGAGCACAUUCCAACACUGCUUGAAUUUCAUAAAAAUGCACGGAAAGUGCACAGGAAAGUGCACGGAAUGUCAGGUCAUUUUCCGAAAAUUCAUAGUGGCACUGCGCAAUCUUUGAAGUCUUACCGUGAAAUUGUUACAAGAAUAACUGGUGAAUGGCCAAGAACAGUUUCUCAUCCAGUAGACGUAGAAAUUUAUCUGAAACUGAAAAAACAUGUCGAGCUAGGAAAUAUGACGAAUUCAGAAAUUCCAUUAUCUGUUCUUGUUGUGAUGGACAAAUGGAGAUAA